UCAGGGAUACCCAUGCCAUCCACCGUGAAGAAGACGAGUCAUAGUGGCAGAAUGUCCAUGUCCGGCCCUGCGCUUCGAGCGCCAUAUCCUAUGCCUAAUCAUGGGCCUGGCCCAACACCGAGGGCCUUGAUGCGUUCCCAGAAUAUGAACCCGUUGCUCAUGAGUGCGAGCAAGCCGAACUUCGGGCGGACACCUGUACAAAGCAGCACGCGCCGAGGGUCGAUGUGGACCGGAGGUGCGCAGGGCAACGUCGCCUCGACUAGUCAGGCUGCGAAGGAUACCAGACCUCUACGAGAGCGGUCCUAUCAAGUCAAGAUGCGACAAGACAUCAUCGACUGGUGUCGAGCCAACGACCUCGAUGUCUCGCCGCAAAUCCUGCAGAACAUCACGGCGAAAGACUUUAGGGUCAUCUUCGAACAACUUGUGCAAUGUCUAGAUCCUGACUGGCAUUUCGAUCCUGCGAAGAAUCUUGGUGAUCAGCUUAUUCAAGCACUAAAGGCCCUGUAUUAUCCCUACGUCAGUUCCCUCGACCUCAAGUGGCUUUCUGCACCUGGAGCGCCAUACUCAUGGCCGUCAUUACUGGGCAUGCUACACUGGCUAGCGGAAAUGGGCAGAGCAAAACGGGAAUACCUCGAAAGUGGCGAUCCCACGCUUCAAGAUCCAGACCAAAUCCCUGUUGCUUUCGAAGACGAUAAUGCUCUCGCCUUUGAACAUUAUGUGGCAACGUACGAAGCAUUCCUUCUUGGCGCCGACGUAUACCCAGAGCAAGAGCGAAUGAUCGAAGAAAGAUAUGCUAAGAAGGACGAACAGGUUGUAUCCGAGCUGCAGUCUCAAAAAGAGAAGCUGGCGCAAGUUGAAACAGAACUGGAGACCCUAAAGAAAGCACCGCCACCCGUCAAGCAACUGGAGGAGAAUCACGGGUACUUGACAAGAGAUAAGAUCAAGUUCGAGGAGUGCAUACAUGUCUAUGAAGACAGGAAGCAAAGGUUAGAGAACGCCAUAGCAAUUACGAACGAUGAAAUCGAGCAUAUGUCGAAGACCAUCGACGAUCUCAACGCUGAGCAGAACCGUCUGGCCUCCAUUGUGAAAGUGCAAAACCUCUCCCCGGAAGAGGUCCUGCGAAUGAACACCGAACACGAGACGCUUUCUAAUGACCUCAGGACCCUGAAGAGCAAGAUUGCGGAGUCUACCAAGACGAUCAACAAGCUCGAAGUGUCCCUGGGUAAGAAGACUGCCGACGCUGAGGAAGCUAUCGACACUUACAGCGGGCUGCUCACAACGCUCGAGCUCUUCCCACCACUACCGCCACCUCUCGAAGAUGUGCACCUCGCUCUGCGCAUGAACUCUGCGGCGUCCGACCUACGACAGCUCCUCACGGGGCCUGAUAUCGCAGACGCUGUGAAGCCGAGCUUGGCCGUCAUCGCUGACCAGAAACGCCAGCAGCGCGCCGAGAUCGAGAACGACAGGAUCGCAGUGGACAACGAUCUCGAUCAGCUUGUCACCGCGUGUGAGAACAUGGAAGAGGAGGUGCUGGACGUCCUCAAGAAAGCGAAUGCGCUGAAUGAUCAGGCGGAAGAGCUGAGAGAAAUGGUCCAACGGGAAGUGCUCGCGAGCAAUGCGGAGGCUGAGCGACUUGAAGAAGCUUUGGCACAAGCGCGGUCUGCUGCGAAAGCGCACGGAGUCGGUGUCAAAGCACGGUUGCAGGCGCUUCAGAUCGCAUACAAGGAGCAAGUGGCGAAAGUCAACCGUCUCCGAGACGACACUGUGCGCGAGAUCAUCAAGAACAGCAGCGAUAUCGUCAUGUUCAAGGAGGAGGUCUCGAAGCAACUCAAGCAUCUGCGUGACUAUGCAGAAACAAACUGAUGCUGGUACGGUAACACCUAUUGGAGUUUUUGUUUGUCUUGUUCUCUAUCGCCCGCUACUACACGUUGUACUCAUUGGUUUAUAUUACAUCUUGUAUCCUUAGGAUUCUCUUCUUUCGUUACAAUGCGACCCUGUCUGAGCU